CAAAGUCAAACAUAGAAUAUCAGAAAACAAAUACAGUGAUUUGCAUAAAUAGAAUGUAGAAUUUGAGGUUCAAUCACACCAAAAAAAGAAAAGAAAAAAACAGGGAAAAGAAAUUUGCAUGCUUUUGAGCAAUUUAAAACAAGUGGACAUAAGGAUUUAGGAGCAACAUACUCCACUCCAAUCUUCACCUUCCCACCACUCGUUCCAAAUCAAUGGAAGCUAGCAACCACAUUCACUGUCACAUCUUCACUUCCCGCCAAACCAAGAAAAGGAGCAAUUUGAGAAACAAGCUGCAAAUCAAGAAUAUGCACUUCUUCUCCCUCCUCAUGCCCAAGAAUCUACCUGAAUAAUUCCCCAACAUAUUCCCUUCUCUCUCCAUUAUAUCAUGACUUCCUCUUAUUGUUUAUCUUCAACCAGAAACACCACUUCAAAAGCAUUGCUCUUUAACAAUUCCCAUAUCUAUCUACCAAAGCACACCCCUUUUCAUUGUCCCACCACCGAUUUUCUCAUUUUCAAGCCUCACAAACCGGUUUCUGUUUCACUUUUAAGACUAGGGAGCAAUGGUUUUGCACGCCCUUUUGCUGCUUUGUCCUCUUUUGCGGAAGCUGAGGAUGGACAUGUUGAAGAUGUUAUCACAGCCAAAGAUCAUCAUCAUCAUCAAGAAAACGCCCACUCUGAUGAUGAUGAAUUCCUUGGCAUGGCACAGGCUUUCCGUGUUUCUUCCAGGACAGCUUCUGCUAUAUCUGUUUGCAUAGCAUUGGCAGCUCUAUGUCUUCCACUGUUCAUGAGUUCUUUGGGACAGGGACUAACUUUCAAGACUAAAGUUUUAUCAUAUGCUACCCUUUUGCUUGGCUUCUACAUGGCUUGGAAUAUCGGGGCUAAUGAUGUUGCUAAUGCAAUGGGGACAUCUGUUGGUUCUGGGGCCCUGUCCAUCCGGAAGGCGGUGAUGCUGGCUGCGGUGUUGGAAUUCUCUGGGGCGCUGCUUAUGGGGACUCAUGUCACCAGCACAAUGCAGAAGGGAAUUCUUGUUGCUAACGUUUUUCAAGGGAAGGAUACUUUACUUUUUGCUGGCUUGCUAUCUUCCUUGGCUGCUGCUGGCACUUGGCUACAGGUGGCAUCAUACUAUGGUUGGCCUGUCUCAACUACACAUUGUAUCGUGGGAUCCAUGGUAGGAUUCGGUCUUGUUUAUGGAGGACCUGGAGCUGUCUUUUGGAGCUCACUGGCAAGGGUAACUUCAUCGUGGGUGGUCUCACCUUUAAUGGGAGCAAUGGCGUCAUUCCUUGUCUAUAAAUGCAUUCGUCGGUUUGUUUACAGUGCUCGAAACCCAGGACAAGCAGCUGCUGCAGCUGCACCAAUAGCUGUCUUUUUAGGUGUCACUGGGAUUUCAUUUGCAGCAUUCCCCCUCAGCAAGACAGUCCAUAUAGCUUUUUCUCAGGCUUUAGCCUUUGGAACUGCAGGUGCUGUUUUGGUUGACAGAAUUAUACGAAAGCAACUCGGACACCUCCUUGUCAAGUCUGCUAACUCCGAUCCAGAGCCAAAAGGGGAAGCCCAUAAUGUCAAAAGUAUUGGGUUCCUAUCCAAUAUUGCUGGUCCUACCGGCACCCAGUUAGAGAUAGUUUAUGGAGUCUUUGGCUACAUGCAAAUCUUAUCAGCCUGUUUCAUGUCCUUUGCACACGGAGGAAAUGACGUUUCCAAUGCAAUAGGCCCAUUAGCUGCAGCUUUGUCAAUUCUUCAAGGUGGGAUGACUGGAGCUGAGAUUGUAAUUCCUAAUGAUGUCCUAGCAUGGGGUGGAUUUGGAAUUGUCGCGGGGCUGAUGAUGUGGGGAUAUCGAGUUAUUGCAACAAUCGGAAAGAAGAUAACAGAGCUAACACCAACCAGAGGAUUUGCUGCUGAGUUUGCAGCUGCAUCUGUGGUUCUGGUAGCGUCAAAACUUGGACUUCCCAUCUCAGGCACUCAUACUCUGGUCGGGGCGGUAAUGGGGGUAGGCUUUGCCAGGGGGCUUAACAGUGUGAGAGCGGAGACAGUGGCGGAGAAUCUUGACCAAGUUGUUGCCGGGCAUGCUUUGAGGGCACGGAAGAUCAUACUGUGA